AAACUCCAGCUUCCCGCCCGUCGCAGAGAAGAAAAAGGAAGUGUGAAGCUCUUUGAUUCGAGCUCCCAUCUCAGACGGCCAUGGCUCGACCUUCAUCUUCAAAGAAAGAAGAUGUCCAGAAGCCAGAGGCAACGGAGCGCCGGAGACUCAAGAAGCUGGCGAUCCGGAACAACAUUCUCUCCGAGACUCCAGUCAAGUGUUCGGCGCCUCUCUCUCCAUCUAACCAGGUCGUGAAACACCACGGCAAGGAUAUACUUAGGAAAUCUCAGAGAAAAAACCGUUUCCUCUUCUCCUUCCCCGGACUUCUCGCCCCCAUCGCAGGCGGCAAGAUCGGCGAGCUCAAAGACCUUGGCACCAAGAACCCCAUUCUCUACCUCGAUUUCCCCCAGGGUCAAAUGAAGUUGUUUGGCACCAUUGUCUAUCCAAAAAACAGGUAUUUGACGCUUCAGUUCUCCAAGGGUGGAAAGAACGUCAUGUGUGAGGAUUAUUUUGAUAAUAUGAUAGUAUUUUCUGAUGCAUGGUGGAUUGGCAAAAAAGAAGAGAACCCAGAAGAAUCCCGGCUUGAUUUUCCAAAGGGAAUGACAGAGGGGCAGCCAAUGGAUUUUGAUUUUAAAGGUGGUGCAGGGCUGGCAUCUGUUAAGGAGAAAGGAGUUCCUAGAACAGAAGUAAAAUAUCAGGAAAUACAGUCCCCUGAACCAGAAUCAGAAGAUGAUUUUUCAGAUGAUGCCAAAAAUUUGAAAGAUAAGAUGGAAGUGACGCCAACCCGACAUUCUGCAAGAACUGCUGGCAAAAAUUUCAAGUUUGCUGAAGUCUCUUCUGACGAUGACAUUGUUGGAAGUGAUGGUGGUACAUCAAGCGGAGAGGAUGCAAAAGUUUGCACAAAAAUUGAUUCAACUGAAAAUGUACAGACUAGUACUUCCUGUCCUGUAGUUGUCAACAUUGAAAGUGAAAACCCUGCAGAAAAGAAUCAGUUCCCUGAGGAUAUUCAAUUGUCUGUAACUCCAGCAACGAAGUCUAGAAAACAGUCUCAGUCUGCUGUUACAAUGAAUAGGUCUAAGGAAAACUUGCAAGACAAACCUGGUUCACUUGUUCAGGCCACCAUAUCUUCGAUGUUUAAGAAAGUGGAGGAAAAGCAGGUGACAGUGGAUUCAGUGAAAUCCUCAUCCUCAAAAGUUCCUAGCCAGAGGUCACUGCAGAAUAAAUUGAAACGGAAGAUUGAUAAGGUUGAAGCUGAAGGAUCUAGAAAAAAGGCAAAGGUUAUGAAAGAGUCAAAAACUGGGACAGGAACCCGAGGAAAGAAGAAAGACGACGAGGUUGAAGAUGGGGACAUUGAAGAAUUCUCAAGCACAUCAAAGGAUACUAAUAAUGGAAGUGAUGAGGAUUGGGCUGCUGCUUCAGAUUCCUGACACCAAUGGUAAAUAUGGAAAAGCACAAGCAAAAUCCAAGCAUGUGUUUGUGAUAUUGAAAAGCGAAAUCAAGAUGGAAGAUUCAUCAACUGCGAGGACUUGCAGUUACUCUGCAGAACUGAUAAUUUUUAGGAUAGCCAUAAGACCUGAGUAUUGUUGUAAUGUCUUCUGUGGUUAAUGUAAAUCCAAUUAUGUUUCCUCGAAGAUUCUGUGGUGGCCAAAAAAUCUGAGUACCGUUGUAAGGACCUCCUGAUAAGAAUAGAAUGGUAGCAACUAGGAAGAAGAAAAUUUUCCAUCAAGAAUUCGAACGUGGCCUUGUCAAUUUGACCAUUGUGUUGGAAUGGAGAUAUAGAAUCCACUUCGCUAAAGUAAGCUUUUGUACAAUGCACACAAGUUUUAACACUCACCGGCAUGAAUAAACGAAACUGUGUACG